AUGGAGAUGUCUCUCAUCACAGUCUUCCUCUCGCUUUUGCUCCUCGCCAAUGUCCAGGUCACAUCCCUUUCCAUAAAUGUCGGAUCGGGGAAAGGAGUCCUCCCGAUACGUCAACGGAAGCGGCAGACCCCGUCGUGUGGAACCAGUGUGAGCCUCGCUCAAGGAACGUCCUAUCCUCUCAUCAGCCAGAACUUCCCUCAAAACCACCCGUUCUUACACUUUUGCAGCUGGAGUUACACGUGUCCCACUGCGAUGACGCUCCAAUGCUCUUCUUUCCAACUUGCAUCCAGCGCCCAAUGUUGGCAGUCUGCCUUCAUCUAUAAUAACAAUCACCUAUGUGGAUCAGCAACCAACCUUCUGAAUCCGGUUAAUGUGGGGACGUCCCUGAGCGUGAUCCUCUAUGCCAUCAUGACGAGUGGACCAGGAUUCAAAUGCACCGUUACUUGUGGUCAGUUCAUCAAAGCAUCUAGAGAUGGCGGGUACCGUCCCGACGACGACUACGACAACGCCACGACCUCCUUGUACAAGAGGACUGAGAAUCAAGUUAGAGCCGAUCCAUUCGCAAAUCUAACACAGACAGAUUUGGACCGAAUCAUCGGCGGUACUCCCGUUCCCAAUCAGGGAAAAUAUCCCUGGAUGGCAUGGAUGGGGAGUGGCCCAGGGGUGUUCAACUGCGGAGGAGCCCUCAUCAACGAUCGAUAUGUCCUCACCGCUGCUCACUGCAUCGGCUCGAACAACUCAACAGCGACCUUCUACGUGAACCUAGGAGACCUGGACAGGUCGAGUACAACCGAAAGCGUGUCCAUACAAAUUCCAGCCACUGCCAUCGUCUAUCCGACAUGGGAUCCUAAUGUUUUCUAUCGGAAUGACAUCGCCCUGUUGAAACUUCAAACUCCGGUGGACUUCCAGAAAUACCCGCACAUCCGUCCCGUUUGUCUCUCCUCGAGCAUUUUCCCAGCUGCAGGAGCGACAGUCGCGAUUGUAGGAUGGGGCCGACUGGCUUUCGGUGGAAACCUCCCAACUACUCUGAUGGAAACGACCGUGAAACUCUUGAAUGAUACAACUUGCAGUAACACUUGGGGCUCGGUGGUCGAUAGUAACGUCAUCUGCGCACAGGAGACUGGCAAGAACACCUGCAAUGGGGAUUCCGGCGGCCCACUGUUGUACAGAACCCCCGCCGGUUAUUUCCUCGAGAUCGGGGUCACGUCCUUCGGAAGCAACUGUCGAGUCGAGUUCGGCGGCGGGUUCACCAAAACGACAAAUUACGUGAACAGCUUCAUCCGGAGCAACACCCUGGAUGCCGUAUGGUGUCCGGCACCCUGA